CUAUAUUUUGAUUUUAAAUUAGUUAAUCCUUUUUUAAGAUUUAGUAUUACAAAAUAAAAGAACACGAACUUUAGCAAUGGUCAGAUUUGAGUAAACGUUCAUAUGACACAGAUGUAUUAUUCAAGCGUCCAGGUGACUAUUUCCAAAAUAUUGCGGGAAGACGGGAAGGGUAAGAAGAGAAGAUUGGUGAAAAUGGCAAAGGAUGAGAAAGACACCAAGGAAAUUUGUAAGAUGAACUGGGAGCUGCCCAGAGUGAUCUCAGACCGGGUCAGAGUGAAAGUUUGGGCAGCAGAAAAUGUGGUGGAGAUGCUGUCUGCUGGCGACACCAUUCCCUUCAUAGCCAGGUACAGGAAGGAACGCACAGGGGAUAUGGAGGUGGACAAGAUACGUGAAGUGGAGAGAAAUAUGGAGGAACUGAGAGCUGUUGAAACCAAAGCUACUGUUGUUUUGAAAGCUGUGAAAAAGGUAGGAAAGCUGACCCGAGAACUGAAAUGUGCCCUGGAAAACUCCAUCCUGAUGUCUGAGGUAGAAGCCUUGUAUGCCCCUUACAAACCAGGCCACAAGGGGACACUAGCAGAGCGAGCCAGAGCCUUAGGACUGGAGCCUUUAGCAUUACAGUACAUCAACCAUCCAUGGAGGAUUAACGUUGAGACCUACGUCAGACCAGACACUAAGGGCCUGUCCAGUUCCAAGGAGGUGGAGGCGGGAGUACAACACAUUCUGGCAGACAUGAUGACUAAAGAUAAGGAAGUGAUUGACCUAGUCCGACAGCUGGCCAAUGACCGGGGAGUGGCUCUGGAAUCAUCAGAAGCCAAGGGACUAAAGAAAAAGCUAAACGAAAAGUCACACGAUAAGGAAUUAGACAAGGCUUAUAAAUAUGAAACAUAUUUCAAUUUCCGUCGACUUGUUUCACACAUUCAGCCUCAUCAGGUGCUGGCAAUCAAUCGAGGGGAAGAACACAAGAUUUUAUCUGUAACCAUCACCUACCCCCAGAAUAUUAAACACAGGUUUUCCCAGUGUCUAAAGCGACACUGGCUUAGGGAUGAACAUCGUAUGCCUGAAGCUGCUGUUGUGAUGGUGAAGAAAGCUAUAGAAGAUGCAUUUGAUCGUCUGGUACAGCCACAAAUGACGAGACAAAUCAGAUCGGAAUUGCUGAAAGAAGCCAGGAAAUCCUCCAUUGAGGUGUUUGCUAAAAACCUGAAACAGCUUCUCCUGACGCAGCCUUGUAAAGGAAAAAACAUUAUUGGACUGGAUCCAGGCUUCACCAACGGCUGUAAAACAGCUGUCAUCUCCGACACAGGGAAAGUACUGGAAACUACCGUGUUGUAUCUGAGAGAUCAAGCCAUGAAAUCAAAGAUAUUAGGCCUAGCUAAUAGGCACAGAUGCAGUAUAAUUGCUAUCGGAGAUGGAUCUGGAUGUCGUGAGUCAGAAAAAGUGAUUUCGGAUGCCAUCAAAGAAAAUCGAGCAAAAAUCCAAUACUGUAUUGUGAGGGAGAGUGGAGCCUCCAUAUACAGUGUGACAGAUGUAGCCAAACAGGACCUGCCUGAUCUAGAGCCGUCAUUGAGGAGUGCAGUCUCUAUUGCCAGACGUUUAUUGGACCCUCUAGCAGAGUUUGUGAAGGUCGAUCCAAAACACAUUGGUGUAGGGCAGUACCAGCAUGACAUGCCGGAGAAACAGAUGCAAACAUCUCUAGACUCUGUUGUGGAGGAGUGUGUCAGCUUUGUGGGAGUGGACAUCAACACAGCCAGUGAGCAUCUCCUCCGGAGAAUGGCAGGACUGACCGCCACUCGUGCCAAGAACAUCGUGCAGUGGAGAGAGAAGAAUGGUGCUUUUAUCAAUAGGGAUCAGAUUCAACAUGUAAAAGGUGUAGGUGCUAAGUCAUAUGAACAGUGUGCAGGAUUCAUUCGAGUACAUAGCACCAGUCCAGUGGGCCAGACUACACAAGAAAAGAAUGAGGAACCUGAAGCAUCUACGUCUGUCUCAGGAGGUAAGAAAAGGAAAGCCACUACUAAAGUUAGCAAGGCCAAGAAAGCCAAGAUGUCUGACCAACCAAACCCCCUGGAUAUGACUUCCAUCCACCCAGAAAGCUACCCACAAGCUCAACAACUUCUGGACAGAAUGGGAGUAAACCCUUCAGAAGUAGGACACAUACAUUUCAUCCGACAAGUCCAGGACUUUAUGAAGAAAACAAGUGUGACUAAACUAGCAGAGGAUCUCUCUGUAGGAGAACCAACCAUGGCGCUCAUUGUCCAAGCCUUACAACAGCCACUUAACUACGAUUUCCGUGAAGGAUUUGAAAAACCUUUGUUUCGGUCUGGGACACGUGGCUUUGAUGAACUCAAGGUUGGAGAAAUACUCACAGGAAAAGUGGAGAAUGUAACACACUUUGGGGCAUUUGUUGAUGUUGGUGUGGGGGAGACCGGACUCCUCCAUAACAGUGGUAUGAGGGGACAGUGCAUCCAGCUCGGGAACCGACUCGAGGUGAAGGUCAUCUCGCUGGACAAGGGCAGAAAACGAUUUGGACUUGAAUUUGUCAAGUUUGGUUAGUUGGACUGUUGGAUGUUUAGCAAAUGGCCAAAUGGGUUAGAAACAGUUGUUUUUAUAACUAUCAGGUUGUUAGUUGUUUUAGUAUAUAUGAUCAGAUUUGAAAGGUUUGUUUGAACGAGAGGAAAAAGGAGUAAAAGUUUUGUGAAAUAUCUUUUCACAUAUUGUUGUUUAUUUAACAAACUUUGCUUAGAUAAUAUUUCACUACUGAUGUCUUAGGAAUUUUAAUUUUUGCAAACAUUUUAUGUUGAGUUUUUAUAUUUAAUUUGGAUUACAGUUGAUACCAGUUACUUGGAAAACAUAUCUUCUGGUGAGGACAGCAAUGUAUGUUCUUGUUUUCAAUUCAUACUGAUUCUUGUUAACUUUGAGACUCUUUAUUGAUCAUUCCAGCUGUAAUUGUGUGCUCAUUGUCAGAUUCCUGAUUAUAUGUGGUUAAACCUAUUUAAAGGUUAAUACUUGUAUAAUCCGUGUUUGUUAUAUUCAUAGGUAUUGCUAUAGUAAAGGAGGUAGGUACAAAUGUAUGGCUAUGAAUAUCUCUAUAUACAUUGUAAUGAGAUUAAUAGAAGAAUCUUUUCUCUUUCACAUCCUUUGGAGUGGGGUUAGGAAAAGAGAUCUCAUAAUUUGACAAAGUAGGCUUGACGAUAGAGUCUUACCCAAAUAAUAAAGAUACCCUGGUCUCUCGCCCAAAGGGAUGAAUAGAUAUUUUUCUCUUACCCAGAUGAUGGUCUUUUUAUACAACAGACGUUAAUUACACACAACAUUGUUGAUGUGAUGUGAUUGACACAGCAGUUUGCAUUACAACUGACAUUGCUGUGAUGUCAUUUAUUUUUUGUGAAUGGGAAAUUUCAACCCUAGUCUCAGCUUAAUAGAAUCACAAAAGUGUGAUUUAGUAUUCUUUCUCUCACACUUUACUGUUGUUUCAUACCACAAGUUCUAAUAGUGGAUCAAAUACAUAGAAAGGUAUUGAUCGUGCCCACAAAAAACCUGAUAAUGUAACACAACUGUGAUAUAGUAAUUAGUGAUGAUGUCAUCCUAUUGUUUGUCAUGACAUUUUCAGAAUAAAGGUAUUAGUGAAUUGUCUUUCCCCUAAAAAGAGAGUAAGUGGAAAACUUUUUUUUUCAUCUCCAUUUCUUAUGGAUAAUAAUGGUGCAAUAAUUAACAUGUUAAGGGGCGUAUGUUACUAAUACUGAGUUUAUAUGAGGGAUUUUAAAUGGACUGUGUGGAAUCUUAAAUGAUUUAAGAUGUACUUUGUGUAUGUGAUCUUAAAUCAGAGACUUGAGAUAACUGUGUAUAUGUGAUCUUCAAAUGCAGAUUUUAAGAUGAACUGUGACUGGGACAUUAAUGUUCAGUGUGUGACUGGGACAUUAAUGUUCAGUGUGUGACUGGGAAACUUGUGUUCAUUGUGUGACUGGGAAACUUGUGUUCAGUGCGUGACAGGGAAAGUGUGUGACAGGGAAAGUUACGUUCAGUGUGUGACAGGGAAAGUUACGUUCAGUGUGUGACUGGGAAACUUGUGUUCAGUAUGUGACUGGGAAAGUUACAUUCAGUAUGUGACUGGGAAAGUUACAUUCAGUAUGUGACUAGGAAACUUGUGUUCAGUGUGUGACUGGGAAACUUGUGUUCAGUGUGUGACUGGGAAAGUUACAUUCAGUGUGUGACUGGGAAACUUGUGUUCAGUGUGUGACUAGGAAACUUGUGUUCAGUGUGUGACUGGGAAAGUUACGUUCAGUGUGUGACUGGGAAACUUGUGUUCAGUGUGUGACUAGGAAACUUGUGUUCAGUGUGUGACUGGGAAACUUGUGUUCAGUUUGUGACUGGGAAUCAGUUACGUUCAGUAUGUGACUAGGAAACUUGUGUUCAGUGUGUGACAGGGAAAGUGUGUGACAGGGAAAGUUACGUUCAGUGUGUGACUGGGAAAGUUAGGUUCAGUGUGUGACUGGGAAACUUGUGUUCAGUGUGUGACAGGGAAAGUGUGUGACAGGGAAAGUUACGUUCAGUAUGUGACUGGGAAAGUUACGUUCAGUGUGUGACUGGGAAAGUUAUGUUCAGUUUGUGACAGGGAAAGUUAGGUUCAGUGUGUGACUGGGAAAGUUAUGUUCAGUGUGUGACAGGGAAAGUUACAUUCAGUGUGCGACCGGGAAAGUUACGUUCAGUAUGUGACUUGGAAAGUUACAUUCAGUGUGUGACUGGGAAAGUUACGUUCAGUGUGUGACUGGGAGAGUUACGUUCAGUGUGACUGGGAGAGUUACGUUCAGUAUGUGACAGGGAAAGUUACAUUCAGUAUGUGACUGGGAAAGUUACGUUCAGUAUGUGACUGGGAAAGUUACGUUCAGUGUGUGACAGGGAAAGUUACAUUCAGUAUGUGACAGGGAAAGUUACGUUCAGUAUGUGACAGGGAAAGUUACGUUCAGUAUGUGACAGGGAAAGCUACGUUCAGUGUGUGACAGGGAAAGUUAGGUUCAGUGUGUGACUGGGAAAGUUACGUUCAGUGUGUGACCGGGAAAGUUACAUUCAGUGUGUGACAGGGAAAGUUACAUUCAGUGUGUGACUGGGAAUCAGUUACGUUAGUGUUUGACUGGGAAAGUUAGGUUCAGUGUGACUGGGAAAGUUGGGUUCAGUAUGUGACAGGGAAAGUUAGGUUCAGUGUGUGACUGGGAAAGUUACGUUCAGUGUGUGACAGGGAAAGUUACGUUCAGUGUGUGACCGGGAAAGUUACAUUCAGUGGUGACUGGGAAAGUUACGUUCAGUGUGUGACUGGGAAAGUUACGUUCAGUGUGUGACUGGGAAAGUUACGUUAGUGUUUGACUGGGAAAGUUAUGUUCAGUGUGACUGGGAAAGUUGGGUUCAGUAUGUGACUGGGAAAGUUACGUUCAGUGUGUGACUGGGAAAGUUACGUUCAGUGUGACUGGGAAAGUUACGUUCAGUGUGUGACAGGGAAAGUUACGUUCAGUGUGUGACAGGGAAAGUUACGUUCAGUAUGUGACAGGGAAAGUUACGUUCAGUAUGUGACUGGGAAAGUUACAUUCAGUGUGUGACUGGGAAAGUUAGGUUCAGUGUGUGACUGGGAAAAUUACGUUCAGUGUGUGACUGGGAAAGUUACGUUCAGUAUGUGACUUGGAAAGUUACGUUCAGUAUGUGACUUGGAAAGUUACGUUCAGUAUGUGACUUGGAAAGUUACGUUCAGUAUGUGACAGGGAAAGUUACGUUCAGUAUGUGACUUGGAAAGUUACGUUCAGUAUGUGACUUGGAAAGUUACGUUCAGUAUGUGACUUGGAAAGUUACAUUCAGUGUGUGACAGGGAAAGUAAGGUUCAGUGUGUGACUGGGAAAGUUACGUUCAGUGUUUGAUUGAGAAAGUUAUGUUCAGUGUGUGACUGGGAAUCAGUUACGUUCAGUGUGUGACAGGGAAAGUAACGUUCAGUAUGUGACUGGGAAAAUUUCAUUCAGUGUGUGACAGGGAAAGUUACGUUCAGUAUGUGACAGGGAAAGUUACGUUCAGUAUGCGACUGGGAAAAUUUCAUUCAGUGUGUGACAGGGAAAGUUACGUUCAGUAUGUGACAGGGAAAGUUACGUUCAGUAUGUGACAGGGAAAGUUACGUUCAGUGUGUGACUGGGAAAGUUACGUUUAGUGUGUGACUGGGAAUCAGUUACGUUCAGUGUGUGACUGGGAAAGUUACGUUCAGUAUGUGACUUGGAAAGUUACGUUCAGUAUGUGACUGGGAAAGUUAUGUUCACUGUGAUUUUGAAAUCUGGUUACACCAGGUUCACUUAACAGUUUGUUACAGGAAGUAUCACAACUGUUGUCUUGAUUUAGUUAAAUGAAAUGAUCGGUGCUUUAAAAAAGUACACUAUGAUGUAGGAUAUUUUAGCCCCAAAUCUAUCUUAAUUAAACUGUAAAGUCAUCAUCUAUAAAUUUUAAAAUGUUUUCCAGAGAUUGUGAUAGCAUUUGUUAUCAGUUAAAAGAUUUUAGAAAUGAAAGGACAGUAUUAACCUUUAAUUAAUAUAGUCAACAUCGUCAACAUCAAAUAGAUCUUUAUGAAGAUGACAACAAAGGUGUGUAAUUUUGAUGGAAUUGGGGCAAAAACUUACUUUACUUCAUUGGUGUUCUCUGAUAGAGAACUGAAAUACAGACUUGUUAUCAUUUUGUGUUAAUGAGAUAAAUGUUGUUGAUAUUUGAGAUAAAUAAAAAAAAAUUCUUGA